AUGGUUCAAGGCACUAGACAAUGGAAUGAGAAGCUGCCUUUUGCACUUUUAGGAUAUCGCACAACAGUGCACACCUCGAUUGGUGCAACUCCUUAUUUGCUGUUGUAUGGGACCGAGGAUAUGAUUUCAGUAGAAGUGGAAAUUCCAUCUCUUCGAAUUAUUGUUGAGGCUGAAAUUGAAGAUACUGAAUGGGUCAAAACCCGAUUAAAGCAUCUCGAAUUAGAAGAAGAGAAACGAUUGACGACCGUCUGUUUUGGUCAGCUUUAUCAGCAAAGAAUGACUUGUGCAUACAACAAAAGGCCAAGACACUUUGAAGUAGGUCAAUUGCUCUUAAAGGGCAUUUUUCAGCACCAAGAAGAAGCCAAGGGAAAGUUUGCCCCAAAUUGGAAAGGCCCAUAUCUUAUCAAGGAUGUAUAG